AUGAGGCGGGGCCAGGGGCGGCACUAUCGAAUCGCCUUAGUGUCCGAUUUCUUUUACCCGAAUAGUGGCGGCGUGGAGUCGCACUUGUUCCAAUUGGCCCAAUGCUUGAUGGAACGCGGACACCGUGUCAUCAUCAUCACCCAUUUCUACGGCGCCCGCAUCGGAUUGCGCUUCAUGACCCACGGGCUCAAAGUUUACUAUCUGCCCAUUCAACCGUUCUACAAUAAAAGCGUUCUGCCCACCAUCGUGGGCAGCGUGCCCGUUCUCCGGCGAGUGCUCGUGUCCGAACAGAUCGAGAUCGUGCACGGCCACUCGGCCUUCUCCACCCUUGGUCACGAGGCCAUCUUUACGGGCGCGCUCCUCGACCAAUCCACCGUGUUCACCGACCACUCACUCUUCGGGUUCGCCGACGUCUCCGCCGUGGUCACCAACACCUUCCUCAAGUUCUCGCUGGCCAACGUGGAUCAUUGCAUAUGCGUCUCGCACACGGGCAAAGAAAACACGGUCUUGCGCUCCGGCGUGCCUCGAAAAUGCGUCUCCGUCAUUCCCAAUGCGGUCGAUACGCAGGUUUUCCAGCCGGAGUACUCACGGGAUCCGGGACGCAUCCGGGACUCGAAAAAAGUUGUGAUUGCCAUUGGGAGUCGACUGGUUUAUCGGAAGGGCAUUGAUUUGAUUGCCGCCAUUAUACCUCGACUCAGUGAGAUGACCUUUGCCCACGGGGUCACCGUGGAUUUCCUUGUGGGCGGAGAUGGGCCCAAACGAAUCCUUUUCGAAGAGAUGAUCGAAGCCCAUGACUUACAAUCGAGGGUUACCAUGCUCGGAGAGUUGCCUCACGCCCAGAUUCGGGAUGAGCUCUUGGCUCGAGCCGAUGUCUUCUUGAACGCAUCACUGACCGAGGCCUUUUGCAUGGCCAUUCUUGAGGCUGUGUCCUGCGGUUUGACCGUGGUCAGUACCAAAGUGGGCGGAAUUCCAGAGGUUCUGCCCGAGAAGUUCAUUUACUUCGUCGGACCAGAUGUGCUCAGUCUGGAAACCGGGCUGGUCCAAGCCAUCAAGGAUGUGAUAAACGACCGACGACCCACGAAACAAGCGUGUCAUGAGUUCGUGAGCCGUGCGUACAAUUGGCGGGAUGUGGCUGAGCGGACCGAGAUCGUGUAUGACCGGUUGAUGAGGGAAAAACCAGCCACUUUGGCCCGAAAAGUACGGAAUCUGUGGGAAACGGGCCGAGUGGCUGGUCCAUUGAUGGCCAUGUUGUUCCUGUUUUGUCACUAUUGGAUCAUGCUUUUAGAUCGGGUGUAUCCAAUCAAGUUGAACAAAGAGACAACAAAGAGACCGUACCUGUGAUAAAAGUGGCCUUGAAUGAAAGGAAAAACAAAUCCCCAAAUAAUUGAAGUUCUGAUCCCAAUUUUCAG